CCUAGGCAUUAUCAUCACAGCACACCAGCAAAAAAACACACCCGCCCUUAUAAGUACUCCAAAUAUAAUACUAAUUUAAAAAUUAAAUCGCAGGAGAAAUUGCAUAGCCCUAAUUAUAGCGAAUAAUGGAAGCUGAUGUUUCUAUUUCUCAGUGUUAAAACCGCUGUAAUAAUAGUUGAAAGUGUAUUUUUUUAUUUUACGGGGUUGUGAAGAUCUUGGGAAGUUGAAAUAAGAUCGGGUAAAGAUGGUGACUUUCGGGGUGUUUUUGUGGUUUUCUUGCUGUUUAAUGGGUGCUCUCACGGUGUUUGGCAACGUGGUUUUGAUUGGGAAUAAUGUGACCUUGUCUUUUGAAGACAUUGAAGCUAAUUUCGCUCCAUCAGUGAAAGGGUCCGGGAUAUCUGGCACAUUGCAUGUGGCGGAGCCUUUGGAUGCAUGCUCGCCAUUGACUAAUAAAAUCGGUUCAGAAAUGAAUGAUACCAAGUCUCCAUUUGUGUUGAUAAUUAGAGGCGGAUGUAGCUUUGAUGAUAAAGUCAGAAGUGCACAAGCUGCACAAUUCAAAGCAGCCAUUGUCUAUGACAGUGAAAAUGGUGAUUUAGUUGCAAUGGCUGGAUAUGCUGCUGGUAUAAAAAUACAUGCUGUGUUUGUUUCCAAAGCUUCAGGUGAAACCCUGACAAAAUAUGCUGGUGCUGCGUACAUGGAACUCUGGAUAAUGCCGAGCCUUGAAAACUCGGCAUGGUCAAUCAUGGCUAUAUCUUUCAUUUCGUUACUUGCCAUGGCAGCAGUGUUAGCUACCUGUUUCUUUGUCCGGAGGCAUCGCAUUAGAAGAGAACGGCAGCAAGCUCCACGUGUACGUGAAUUCCAUGGGAUGAGCAGUCGUCUGGUGAAAGCCAUGCCGAGCCUAAUUUUCACAGCUGUUCUGGAGGAUAAUUGUACUUCACAGACAUGUGCUAUAUGUCUUGAAGACUACAGUGUUGGGGAAAAGCUCAGAAUUCUGCCAUGCCGCCACAAAUUUCAUGCAUCUUGUGUUGAUGCUUGGCUAACAUCGUGGAGGACAUUCUGUCCCGUGUGCAAGCGUGAUGCAAGAACAGGUACUGGUGAUCCACCGGCAUCAGAAUCUACGCCGUUGCUUUCAUCUACCCCAGCUUCUUAUCCUUCAUCUUCCGUAUUAUCAUCUUUCAGAUCAUCAUUAGCAUCAUCCUCAGCCAUACAAAUAGCUCCAGCAUCAUUUCAAUCCUCUUCAGUUUCUCAUCCCCAUUCCAUCUCUAGCACUCCUUAUAACCAGCAUUUUCAAUCUUCUCAUCUUAGUAUGAGUCGAAGCUCAGUUGACCUUAGGAACGUGUCUUCCCAAAGAUCCCGUGCUGCUUAUUUAGUUUCACCUCACUCAUUAGGGUACCCCUCAUUAUCCCGUCUGAAUUCCAGAUACAUGUCGACACAUAUACCCAGUAUGGGUAACGCUUCGUCAAGUUAUAUUGGGUCAUCUAGUCAUCAACCUAAUCCACUACAUUCCAGUGAGUCUGCCACAAGCUUUUCACCAUUUGCUUCGGCCCAGUCUCUUCCCGGUUGCUGAUGAAACUUUAGUCAAUGUGGCUAGCAAUUAGGCUCGAGCUCAUCCGAGGAAUGAAGGAAUCACGAGGUCAAAUGAAGAUAUUAAAGACACGGUCAGAUGUCGACAAAUGUGGGGCAUUGCAUAUGGCAGAUGGUUCUGAAGGUGACAAUGUGCCCGACUUGUAAAUAUUAUAAUGUUGAUAAUUUGGAUGUUUGAAUUCAAGGUUGUUUGCACACUGACAAAGCAAUGGGAAAUUCGUGCUUUACUAAUUUCCUUUUGUUGUCCUUUUGGCGAGUGUUGAGGUUGUAAUAGUUUCCUUUGAUGUAUAUAUUUUCAGUUCAUAGAGGCAUUAACACAAACUUGUCAAAAUGGUCUUUGUGUUUUUCGUACCUAACUAUGCUUCAAUCCAGAGAAAGUUAUACCU